UUUUCGAACUCAGAGAGAAACUAUUCAUUAUUCAGAGAGGGUUGCCUUACUAGUAACAUCUUUAAUUAACCCGCAUGUCAUUUUCAAUGCGCCUAUUCAUAUAAUAUAAACAAAAUGGUUUAGAAUUUUGUAAAAAUUAAUUUUUAUUAUUUUAUGGAGAUUAUAAGAAUCUGCCGUCAUGUGGAAGUGCCAUAAAUGCGGAAAACCAGUGUAUUUCGCUGAACGCAAACAAUCAUUGGGAUAUGACUGGCAUCCAGAAUGUUUAAGAUGUGAAGAAUGUGGAAAACGUUUAAAUCCAGGCCAACAUGCAGAGCAUAAAGGUGUACCAUAUUGUCAUGUACCAUGUUAUGGUGCUUUAUUUGGACCACAAUUAUUUGGCCAUGGAACAAGAGUUGAAUCACAUACAAGUUUUGGAAAAAAAGAAAUUCGACCAUCAUUGCCCAGAUCACAUUUAGAGUCAAAAUUAAAGGUUUUCAAUCAAUAUUAUGAAGGCAAAAGUGGUGGUAUAAGAAGUCGUGAGGUUAAUGGAAGAUUGAUAUUGGAAGGUGCACUUCGUAUUUAUUGGGGUGUCAGAGGAGUGAUUCAUUUAAAAGAAGAUGAUGAUCAACGUACAGUAGUUACAGCUCGGAAUAGAAAUUCAUGCAGACGUAGUGUUUCCGAUAGUAUAGAAGAUGAGGAAAAAGAAGAAGAUUCUGUUAAAGAAACUUGUGAACAAGAUACAGAUACUGAAACAAAAUCUAUUCCAACUUCUCCUGAUCAUCUUAAGAGCCUCACUUUACCAAUGAAAUUAGAUGUUAAAAAUAUGGAAUGGGAUGAAUUGGAUGAACUGCUUCAGGUUGAACGUAAAGUUGAAGAUGGAAAGAAGUUAUACCAAACAAUGCCCGAAAAUUUGCCAUCAAUUAGUUCGCAAACUUCUGACACACAGCCUCUUUCUUCUCAAUCCAGUCUUGAUAGGUCUGAUUCUCGAGAAAAUUCAGAAAUAGACAGUCCAAAUCAUCAAACUAAUCGUGGUAAUGAUAGUAGCGUAACUAGUACACCCACGCACAGUAUAGGUAGUUCUUCCAGUACUGAUACACCUAUUUACCAUGGUACACCAAAUCGAAAUGGAACGCUUCGAAGGGUAGAAUAUUUCGAUAAUUUGGAGAAAAAUAUAUCUAAUAACAGAUCUAUUAGUACCGAUGAUAGUUGGAUAGAAAAAGGCUUAAAUCGAUCAAUGUCUGGUCCUGAUUGUCUCCAAAGACAUCGAACUGAUAGCGAUACAGAUUCUGUGAAUUCUUUACAAUUUAGAGAGGAUGAUAAUAUGACAAUGUCUACUGACAGUGGAUUAGAGCUGGAUGGCGUAGUUUUACGUCGAAAACAAGGAUCCACUGCAAUUAGACGUCGUCCAGGUGGUAGACGCCAAUCACGUAGUCGAUUACGCCGACGUUGUUCGAUUAAUGGACAUUUUUAUAAUCGUGAAACUAGUUUUUUCACACCACCACAUGGAUCUCAAAUGUCUGUUUGGAUUACAAGUUUGGUAAAUACUCAAGAAGUUAUUAAUCUCAUGUUGGAUAAAUAUAAAGUUGAUGCGAAGCCAGAUAAUUUCGCGUUGUUUGUAGUCCGUGAUAAUGGUGAACAAAGAAGAUUAAGAGAUGACGAAUAUCCAUUGGAGGUUCGCGUAGUAUUAGGUCCACAUGAAAAUGUCGCGCGACUUUUUUUAGUGGAUAAAUUGUCAACUCCAGAAAUUAGUUCUGAUGUUGCACAAUUCCUUAAUCUUUCUUUAGCAGAAUGUCAUGGUAUUUUACAGCGUUAUCAUUAUGAAGAGGAGCGUCAGAUUCUUUUAUUGAAAGAAAAAUAUAAGGAGAUGCGAAGAAGAAUACGGCAAAGAAUGGAAGAAUUGAAGGUUCGAUUAUAAUUAGUAUGUACUCAUAAUGAACAUUCAAAUAUCUACAUUAUUAUUUUUCUAUUAAUUUGCACUCGAAAAUCUUUCCUUUUUUUUAAUAUAAAUUAUUUGUUAGAAAAUGUGUUAUCGUAACCGUUUUAAAGAUAUAUAUUGUAAUCACAGUAUAUAAUCUUUAACUUAUUGUUUAUUUUAACAUUCAAACGUAGAGUCAUUCCAUGUGCAAUUAUGAUUGCAAAUUUUUGUAUAAUUUGUUUGAAUGAUUCAUUAUUGGAAAAAUGAUUUACGUUUGAAUGUAUUGAAUGGUAACAUUUUCUAGCUUAAAGUCUUAUCACAUUACGUUACGUUAUUCAAUUGUAUUCAUUAUUUUUGCAUCUUUGUUGCAUUUAUUUAUAGUCGUUAACGUGCAGCUAUUAUCAAAACAUUCAGUGCAAUUUAAUUAGAAAAUCAUGUGUAUCUAAAUGAUAUAUAUAUUAUAUUCUUUAAGUCGACUGUGCAUCGAGCGAUAGUCAUACAGUCACAAAUCAUUCUUUAACGCAAUAUCUUCUAAAUUGCUAUUCGCUAAUUGUUGUAUUAUGUAUAGCAUUUUUUUUUUGAAUUUCUAACAUUGAAAAUGAAAUUAUUGUAAUUUAAAAUCGAUUAAGUAUCCAUGUAGUACACAAGGAUCGAUAUUAAGUCAAUUUUCCAAUGACUUUUAAUCGAUACAGCGAGAAAUAUUUUAUAGAAAAAAACUGUUUGCAGAUUAGAUGUAUGAUUGUUAAAAUCUAAUGCAAGGCUGUCCAACUUUUUACCUCGUGAAGUUUUUCUAAAUUUUUUUUUUCACAUAGGUGCCAAAAAAGAGAAAAAAGGAAAAAAAAAUUGAAAAAGAAGAAAAAAUAUUAUAUAUUAAACAAUAAAUGGAAAUAGAAUUUUAAAGAAGGAAUUGUUGAAUUUAAAUGAAAAUAUUAAAAAAAACAGAAUGUUUUAAAUAUGUAUAUGUAUAUAUAUAUAUAUAUAUCGUCCAGAUGAAAAUGACUAUAAACAAUUGUACCUUGAACAAUGUUAGUUGGACAGCUCCAUAGAUGAUGAGAUUGUUAUUAACCAAUAGUAACUUUCUACAUGUGUCACUGCCGCUGGAUCAUUGAAUGAACAUUUUAUCUGUAGAAUAUAAUAAGAAAUAUCGAAAAGGAAAUUGCUUUUAAAGAUAACUUGAUUUUUAAAGAUAUUUUAAUUGAUCAAAUGGUGAAUAGCUCUUUUUGAAUGGAAUUUCAGGGAACCAAUUUUAAUAAUAGUUUUGCAACAUUAUUGUCGAUGAUGAUUAAUCGUAACUGAAAUUUAAGAAUUGAUAAGUAUUGAAAAAUUCUUUUUAUAUAUAAGAGAUAGUAUAUUAUAAAUAUACUAUUCAAAUUUCAAUUUAGAAAUUAAAAUUAUAGUUAUAUUUAUCCUUAUUGGGAUUAAUAGAAUUACAAUUAUAGAUAUAUUUAUCCUUAUUGGGAUAGUUUAAAUUUUUAAAAAUAAUUGAAUUUUUCCAAUUAAAAAAAUUAAAAUUAGAAAAUAGAAAAAAUAGUUUCAUGUGUUAAUGAUUUUAAUAUUUUUUUAUGAUGAAAAUAUUUUUUUAUAUUAAAAGAACAUUUAUUUCGUUAGAAUCAUAAUAUUAAGUUGGCAUUUUUUUUAACGAAAGAACCACAGUGACCAUAUUUUUGGAAGAAUUUUUAGAGAUUCCUUUUUAUGAAUUGCUUCAAAAUAAGUGUUUUAUGAAAAAAUAUAUAAAAACAAGAGAUUUUGUUCAAUAAUCACCUCAUACAACACUCAUUUUGAAGUAUCUUAUAUAUUACAGAAUUUUUAUUAGCAGUUAUUACAUAUUUAAAAAAUUUCUAAUUUUCAUAUAUAUGGUGGAGAUAUUUGCGUACAGUUACGAUUGUACAAUCAUAUGCUUAAUGUUGCACAGCGUAACUGAUUUCCAGUGAAAAUAAAAAAAAAAAAAGACGUGUACAGUGAUAUACAACGGUAGAGAUAAAAUUUCCAUCGUUGUUUAUGACAAUAUCCACCGAGCAUAUAAUCAUAAUUUUAAGCUAGUCACACUAUUAAAUAAUCACAUAUACGUAUAGACGAUAUAUCUAUAACAAAUGUUUGCAAAUCAAAAAUUUUAGAUAGAUAAAUAUGAUAUUUUUCUAAAUUAUUUAAAUUAUCUAAUUUUUUAAUAAUUACUUAAUUUUUAAAAAUUAGAUUGUAUCAUUAUUUGGAAUUAGUGGAAAUUAGAAUGGAUCGUAUUUUAUUAGGAAAAAAAAUUAUUAAAUAAACUAUAAACUAUAAUUUAUUAAUUAUAAGUAUUUAACAUUUUGACGUUUCUGUUUCAUAUAUCGAGAUAAUUUAUUAUAGCAAUUCUUUUUAAAUUUUUUUAUUUUUAACAAUAAAUGUAUUUUCUUUUAAUUUUAUAUUUUUGAGAAUUCCUUUUAAUGAAUUUAACUAUUCGUUUUAACGAAUUAUUCAAAACAAUAUUAAAGUUAAUUACUUCAUGAGUUUUUUUUAUCUUAAUAGAUUAUUUAUUGCAAACAAACAGUUAAUUCAGCCUAAUAACAAAAAAAAAAAAUUAAAUAUAAUCAUAUUAUACAAUUUAUCUCGUUUUUCAUUUGUUUACUGAACAAACAUAAGAUGAAUCAAUAAUCACUGCCACCUUCUUAUUUUUAAAAUUAUAUAAAUCAGCAAAAUAUUAUUCUACAAAUAUGAAGUAAAGAUUAUAAAGUUAUACGUGAAAUGUCUGAUCAUGAAAAUACUGAAACUACUUGUUCUCUAAUCAGACAAUCACAAAAUAGAUAUUCAUACGUAUUUAAAAAAUAUUUUUUUUAAUAUUCUUGCAAAGAUAAAAAUAUAUAAUUUUAUAUAAAAAAAAAAUAAACAAAUAAAAAGAAAAACAAAAAUAAAAAAGAAAAUGGAAUUGAUACUCAUAUCAUAAUAUUAAUUCUUUUAUAAAAAUAUUAUGCAAUUUUUAUUAAGUAUUUUUUUAUCUUACACGUACUUUCAGUAAUUAUUAUUAAUCAAUUGUAAAUAUAUAAUGAAAAAAAAUAAUAUAAAUUAAAAUAUUUUUAUCUUAAUAAUAAUAGAUAGAUUUUUUUAAAAAGAUUUAAUUUUUAUAAUUUCUGUCUAAAAUAUGUUGUUUUGCAAACAUUCGAGUAUGAUACCAUAAUAUCAAUUUUCAAUCAUCGACAAUUUUUAUCACAUCUUGAAAUAGAUUUUGACUAAAAUGAAAAAUAAAAAAAGAAAAAAGAAAAUGUAUUAGAAAAGGAAAUUAGACCAAAAAAGACUGCGUAUAUGCGUAUAUUAUACAAUGAAAACAGUACACGUUUUGUUUUUUUUUUUUAUCAUUUUAUUUUAUUUUACGAUAAUAAAAAAAAAACGUGUUCGAAAUGUAGCAAUAGUGUAAGAAUAACAAAUUUUGAAUUUGUUUUUCCAAGAAGUUGAACGAUAGAUUUUUAAUCGAUUCCCUCUAAGGCAGCUUCCGUUUUUAAUCAUUACAUUACGAGGAAAUUAUAAUAGCGAUAUUGUAUAAGAGCGCAUUUGUAAUCGAUAUCGCACCUGUUUCUUGAUUUUUCCACUCUCGAACGAGAUAUUUAGCGGAUGUUCUGUGAAAUUCUACAUACGCGAAACCCGUGAAAUGUGUUUCGAUGGGAUAGAAGCGAGAACGUGGAUGAUGAAGUUAGGAAAAAAGGAAGACAAGGGAGGGAGAAAAUAGGGAAUGUGUGUACAAUAAAAGUGAGGGAGGAGUUUGUUCAGAGAUUAAAUAGAUUUAAAAUACUCCGUACCAUGACAUAUUGAAGCGAAUAUUGACAAGAAUAACGAUACUUGAUGUAUCGAGACGUAACGUGUAGGUACGUUGAUAAUGCACAGUCCAAAAUACGAGGUAUAUUAAAUGUGAAAUUGUAUAAAUAUAUAUACAGAAUGUAUCUGAAAUUUGUAUGAAAUCGUUGAAAAAGUAAUAAAGUGAUUGCUUCUUUUA